AUGACAGCCGAGGAGAGAAAGCUUAUACACACCUUACAAUGCGACUUCGUGGAGAUCCACAGGCACUUCAUGGAAAGAAGAGGCCGCAGGACCCUGCCCAGGGAGCAGAAGCAGAAGCUAAAAGAAGAGGCAGAAGAGCUUCAGCAGGAGUUUGGCUACUGUAUUCUAGAUGGCCACAGAGAAAAAAUAGGCAAUUUCAAGACGGAGCCACCUGGCUUGUUCUGCGCCGAGGGGACAUCCAAGAUGGGGAUGCUGAAGAGGAGAGUCAUGCCGGAGGAUGUGGUCAUCAACUGCAGCAGGGAUUCCAAGAUCCCUGAGCCCCCGGCCGGUCACCAGUGGAAAGAGGUGCGCUCAGAUAACACAGUCACGUGGCUGGCUGCGUGGACGGAGAACGUCCAGAACUCCUUCAAGUACAUCAUACUGAACCCCAGCUCCAAGCUGAAGGGGGAGAUGGAUUGGCAGAAGUAUGAGGUGGCCCGGCGCUUGAAGGGGGUCGUCGACGAGAUCCGUGCUCAGUACCAGGCCGACUGGAAGUCCCCGGAAAGGAAGAAAAGACAGCUAGCUGUGGCGCUUUAUUUUAUCGAUAAGCUGGCACUGCGGACAGGAAAUGAGAAGGAAGAGGGCGAGACGGCCGACACCGUGGGCUGCUGCUCGCUCCGCGUGGAGCAUGUCCGGCUGCACGAAAAGGCAGAUGGCCGAGAACAUGUUGUGGAGUUGGACUUCUUGGGGAAGGAUUCCAUCCGCUAUAAUAACCGUGUGCCGGUGGAGAAGCUUGUGUUCCAGAACCUUCAGCACUUCAUGGAGGACAAAGACCCUAAGGACGACCUCUUUGAUGCACUGACUACUGCCGGCCUGAACAAGCACUUACAGGACCUGAUGGAGGGGCUGACCGCCAAGGUCUUCCGGACCUACAAUGCCUCCAUCACUCUGCAGGAGCAGCUGCGGGUGCUGACCAGGGCUGAAGACAGCCUAACCUCCAAAGUCUCAGCUUACAAACGGGCGAACCGGGCUGUGGCCAUCCUCUGUAACCAUCGGAGAGCAAUCCCCAAGACCUUUGAGAAGUCGAUGCGGACGCUCCAGCAAAAGAUUGAGACAAAGAAGGCCCAGGUGGCUGAGGCCCAGGUGGAGCUGGAGAAGGCGAAGGCUGACCUGAGAAUUCGAGGGGAGAGUAAGUCCAAAAGCUGGCUGCAGAAACAGCGGCGGUUGCUGAGGCUGGAGGAGCAGCUGGUACGACUGCGCACGCAGGCCACCGACAAGGAGGAGAACAAGCAGGUGGCCCUGGGCACCGCCAAGCUCAACUAUCUGGACCCCAGGAUCAGCAUUGCCUGGUGCAAGAGGUUUGGAGUGCCUAUAGAGAAGAUUUACAGCAAGACCCAGAGAGAGAGGUUCGCCUGGUCCUUCAACCAGGCAGGCGAAGACUUUGAAUUCUAAGCAGCCCAUUGCCAUGGAACUGUCUUUCUCACCGUGAAGCAAUACUGUAGUUUUCUGUAAUAAAUGUUUGGGGGACGGAG